UCUUCCCCUCUCCCUAAAACCCUAACCCCUCCCCCCCCUCCCCCUCCCAAACCCCUCAGCCGCCGCCGGCGAACGCGCGGCGAGAUGGCGCUCUACCUGCUCUUCGAGUCCGCGUCCGGGUACGCGCUCUUCCACGCGCACGGCAUCGACGAGAUUGGGCAGAGCGUCGACGCCGUCCGCUCCACCGUGCUGGACCUCAAGCGGUUCAGCAAGGCCGUCAAGCUCGCCGGGUUCACCCCCUUCCUCUCCGCCGUCGACGCCCUCAACCAGUGCAACGCCAUCUCCGAAGGGAUCAUGACUGACGAGCUUAGGAACUUCCUGGAGCUCAACCUGCCCAAGGUGAAGGAGGGGAAGAAGGCCAAGUUCACCGUCGGCGUCAUGGAGCCCAAGGUCGGGUCCCACAUCACCGAGGCCACCGGAAUCCCUUGCCAGUCCAACGACUAUGUCCAGGAACUGCUUCGUGCAGUGCGGCUGCAUUUCGAUCAAUUCAUUGAGCAACUCAAGCCAUCUGACCUGGAGAAAGCCCAGCUAGGUCUGGGACAUAGCUAUAGCAGGGCCAAGGUGAAGUUCAAUGUGAAUCGUGUGGAUAAUAUGGUGAUUCAAGCGAUCUUUCUGUUGGAUACACUUGACAAGGAUGUCAAUUCCUUCUCUAUGAGAGUGAGGGAAUGGUAUGGAUGGCAUUUUCCUGAGCUGGUCAAGAUUGUGAAUGACAAUUACCUCUAUGCUAAGCUUGCCAAGUUUGUGGUAAACAAAUCAGACUUGUCAGAGAAGGACAUACCAGCUUUAGCGGAUCUAAUUGGAGAUGAAGACAAGGCAAAAGAAAUUGUUGAGGCAGCAAAGGCAUCUAUGGGCCAGGAUCUUUCACCUGUUGAUUUGAUCAAUGUCCAACAGUUUGCUCAGAGGGUCAUGAAUCUAUCCGAGUACCGUAAAAAUCUCUAUGAGUAUCUGGUGACAAAGAUGAAUGACAUUGCUCCAAACCUGACGUCAUUGAUUGGUGAAAUGGUUGGAGCUCGGCUAAUCUCUCAUGCUGGCAGUCUUUCAAAUCUUGCAAAAUGCCCUGCUUCUACUCUGCAGAUACUGGGUGCUGAAAAGGCACUCUUCAGAGCUCUGAAAACACGUGGAAACACACCAAAGUAUGGCCUCAUAUUCCACUCAUCUUUUAUUGGUCGUGCAUCAACCAAGAACAAGGGAAGGAUGGCUCGAUACCUUGCAAACAAAUGUUCCAUUGCUUCACGUAUUGACUGCUAUUCAGAUAUGAGUAGCUCCAUUUUUGGUGAGAAGCUGCGUGAACAAGUUGAGGAGAGGCUAGAUUUCUACGAUAAGGGUGUUGCACCCCGCAAGAACCUUGAUGUGAUGAAAGCUGCUAUUGAUGGCUUGACAAACACAGAGGAUGAUGACGGCAAAGAGAAUGGUGACGCAUCUGUGAAGAAAAGCAAGAAGAAGUCCAAAGCUGAGGCUAACGGUGACGCGAUGGACGUUGAGAAUGCCGCAACAGAAGCUGAAACUGGAACCGAGAAGAAGAAGAAAAAGAAGCACAAGCUUGAGGAGCCGCAGGAUGUGGAGAUGCAAGCCAAUGGCGAUGAUGAGACCCCUAAGAAGAAGAAAAAGAAGAACCGCGACGCCGAGUCUGUUGAUCCUAAGACGGGCACCGAGGGGAAAUCCAAGAAAAAGAAGAAGAAAUCCAAGGCUGAUGACGACGAGUAGUAGAUUAGUACCUAAGUACCUAGCAGCGAGUGUUCAAGUCGAUUGAGGAUGAAAUUUUUUGUACCGACUGUUUAAGUGUGUACUCUUUGAGCCUCUUUGAGCCCUUGACGAGGUCUGUAAUGUAGCUUCAUGGACUGAAGCGGCGUAUCUGUAAUACAUUUGAUGUUGCAGUAUGUCGUUUCUUGGGGAUGGCUUAGCUUUCCUAUAUAAAUGGAAUGGCAUUGUUGGCACUGGUA